UUGCCAACUCGAGAGGGAUUUACAUAUUUGUUUUCUGCACUUUCUCACCUUGGUUGAUCUGAAAAGCAGAAACUUGGCAUUUGCAUUUGCUGUGUGGAGGAGACAGUAAACUUGAGCUUUCAGUCUCGCCACUAGUCUGUCUUUGUCUGUUGUUAAAAUUAUGAGCCAGUCUCUAUGGCCGCAGCCAAAUGAGUAAUCACCAGUAAUGUGACUCGUGCUGGAAGUGACUCCAUCAGCACCUGUGACGGGGGAUUAGUUACAGUUUACAGAGCACCGCCUCUUCCCUUCUCUGUGUGUGCCCGAAGCCAAGUACUCGUUCUCAUUUGGGUGUCUGCACUGUUGGAAGCUACCGCAGUGUUUCCACGCAGACAGGGUACAGUGGGAAAAGCUUUCUCCAGCUGAUGGAUGGCUGUUCUCUCUAUUUGGAGUAUCUUACUGGUUAUGUAAGCGACCUCGGGAGAAAUUAUCCUGACCCAGAUCGGAGGAUGCAGUAGAGUGCUUCAGCGGCAGGAUUUCUUAGUCGUUAACACGACUGUGCUGAUGACAAAGAGCGAGUUGUAAUCCUCAUCACUGCCAGGACUAAGCCGGAGCAGACAGAAAAUCGUCAUUUGCUCGUCGGAGACUUGUUAGGUUACAGCCUCUGCUUCGUUUUGUGGUCUUGGCUUUUCUUCCUAUACAAUGACGACGCUGCGAGUGAGCUCGGAAACGCUGGGUUUGAAAGCCAUUUGCCUGUGGUUUUGAAGGAAAAAAUUAGGCUCCAUAAAAAAUAUUGCUCAAGAGCAAAAUGGAAACGUCAGCUAUACUUUGUGACCUUUAAUGCCUGGUGGUGGAUUUCUGAGAUUUAAAGAUACUUUAAAAUUCUCAAGAACAAAACAUUCAGACCUCUGGUUGAAAAAAAUACGCCCAGUUCAAUCACUGCGGUAGAAUUCCUUGUAGAUAAACAACUGGAUUUUUUAACUGAAGAUAGUGCCUUUCAGCCCUACCAGGACGACGUAGACAGCCUACACCCAGUUCUCAGGGACAACCCGCAACUUCAAGAGGAAGUGAAAAUCUGGGUAAAGGAACAAAAGGCUCAGGAGAUUUUUAUGCAAGGUCCUUAUUCCUUAAAUGGAUACAGAGUAAGAGUAUAUAGACAAGACUCUGCCACCCAGUGGUUUACUGGCAUAAUUACUCAUCAUGAUCUCCUCACUCGCACCAUGAUCGUUAUGAAUGAUCAGGUACUAGAACCACAGAAUGUCGAUCCUUCUAUGGUUCAAAUGACCUUUCUAGAUGAUGUUGUUCACUCUUUGUUAAAAGGUGAAAAUAUUGGUAUUACAUCACGAAGAAGGUCUCGUGCCAUUCAAAAUAACAACGCUGUUCACAGUCAUUAUACACGUGCCCAAGCAAAUAGUCCCAGACCAGCAAUGAACUCCCAAGCUGCUGUACCAAAACAGAAUACACACCAGCAACAAAGAAAUAGCCGCCCAAAUAAGAGAAAGGGCUCAGAUAGCAGUAUACCAGAUGAAGAAAAGAUGAAGGAGGAAAAAUAUGAUUAUAUAGCACGAGGAGAAAAUUCUAAAGGUAAAAAUAAACAAACGAUGAAUAAAAGAAGGAAACCCGAGGAGGAUGAAAAGAAAUUAAAUAUGAAAAGACUGCGAACUGACAAUGUUUCAGACUUUUCUGAGAGCAGUGACUCCGAAAAUUCAAGUAAGAGAAUAAUAAAUAAUUCCUCAGAGCAGAAGUCAGAGAAUGAGUUGAAAACUAAAAACACUUCAAAGAUAAUUGGAGAAGAAGGAAAAUCCCAGAAUAAUGAGAAGGCUGGAGAAGAGACACUAAUAGGUAGCCAGGCUCCGUGGGAUCAAAUGCUGGAAGAUAAAAAACACGAAUUAUCAGAGAAACAGAAAUCUGUUGACCCUCACCUUCAUGACAAAGUGAUUAUCCAUUCAGCAGAACAAUCCACACUUUCUGAUCAUAAUCCUAAUGAUUUACUUCAGGAAUGCAAUAUGGAAAAAACACAUACAGCAGAAUUAUUACCAAAGGAGAAGUUUGAAUCCAGACCACCCACACCAAAAUGUGUUAUUGACAUUACAAAUGAUGCUAAUUCAGAAAAGGUGACUCAGGAAAACUCGAGCACAUUUGGCCUUCAGUCAUUUCAGAAAAUGGAUCCUAAUGUUAGCGAUUCAAAACAUUCUACUGCAAAUACAAAAUACUUGGAAACAGUAAAGCAAGAUGCUGAUCAGAACUGGGUUGGCGAUGCUGUUAAAGUAGAUUUAACCCAGCCAGGUGUUAGGAAUGCUUCUUCAGGAAAUGAUCACCUAAAUGCGGAAAAAGAAAAAAAUCAGUAUGCCUCUUAUAUGUCUUCUUUAAGUAUAGUUCCUGUCACAGAAGAUAAGCCACGUAAGCGAAGUCCACCCCCAGAGACUACAAAAUCUAAACUGAAUGCUACAGUCGAUGGUCACAAGACAAAAUCCAAUCCUUCACCUGAAGUAGUUAAGCCUAAAAUGACCCACUCUCCUGAUUCUGUAAAGUCUAAACCCACUUACACAAACAACCAGACUGCUAGUGAAAGGAGGCUGGCAAAUAAGGUAGAACAUGAGUUAUCAAGGUGCAGUUUUCAUCCAGUUUCUACUCGAGGCAAUACAUUGGAAGCUACAAAGAGUCCUCUCAUAAUUGAUAAAAAUGAGCAUUUCACAGUUUACAGAGAUCCUGCACUUAUUGGGUCAGAAACGGGAGCUAAUCACAUUUCACCUUUCUUAAACCAGCAUCCAUUUCCUAUUCACUCUUCAGCCCAUAGAGCCUGUUUAAAUCCAGCUACACAUCACCCUGCCUUAAACCCUGCACCCCACUUACUAGCUGGAUCAUCCAGUCAAACUCCAUUGCCAACCAUUAACACACACCCGCUAGCUAGCGCUCCGCACCAUGCUGUCCACCACCCUCAUUUGCUUCCAGCAGUUUUACCUGGUGUGCCUGCUGCUUCCUUACUUGGUGGCCAUCCACGGUUAGAGACUGCCCAUGCCAGCAGCUUGAGCCACUUAGCAUUAGCACACCAGCAACAGCAACAGUUGUUACAGCACCAGUCACCUCAUCUUCUUGGACAAGCCCAUCCGUCUGCUGCAUAUAAUCAACUUGGACUUUAUCCAAUUAUUUGGCAAUAUCCAAAUGGAACACAUGCCUACUCAGGACUUGGUUUACCUUCUUCUAAAUGGGUUCAUCCAGAAAAUGCAGUUAAUGCUGAUUCUUCCCUAAGGAGGAAUUCUCCCAGUCCUUGGUUACAUCAACCUACCCCUGUGACCUCAGCGGAUGGUAUCGGGCUACUUAGUCACAUUCCUGUCAGGCCUUCCAGUGCAGAGCCUCAUCGACCUCUUAAAAUUACCACACAUUCCAGUCCACCAUUGACAAAGAGUUUAGUAGAUCAUCAUAAAGAAGAACUGGAAAGGAAAGCUUUUAUGGAACCGUUGCGUGCUGUUGCAUCCACAUCAGCAAAAAAUGACCUGGAUCUAAAUAGGUCACAGAUUGGAAAAGAUGGUCACAUGCAUAGACAUUUUGUGGAUCCUGUACUGAAUCAUUUACAGAGGCCAUCCCAGGAGACUGGAGAAAGAUUAAACAAAUAUAAGGAGGAACACCGUCGAAUUCUUCAAGAAAGUAUUGAUGUUGCUCCCUAUACAACUAAAAUUAAGGGGCUUGAGAGUGAGAAUUAUUCCAGAGUAGCAGCAUCGUCUUCUAGCCCUAAAAGCCAUAUCAUCAAGCAAGAUAAAGAUAUAGAAUGCUCAGUAUCAGACCUUUAUAAAAUGAAGCAUUCGGUGCCUCAGAAUUUACCCCAAAGUAACUAUUUCACUACACUGUCUAAUAGUGUCGUCAAUGAACCACCCAGGUCUUACCCAUCCAAAGAGGUUUCACAUAUUUACACUGAAAAACAGAGUAAUGCCCUUGCAGCAGUGACUAAUCCUCAAACUCUGACUUCAUUUAUAUCCUCUCUUUCAAAGCCUCCACCUUUAAUUAAGCACCAACCAGAAAGUGAAGGUUUAAUAGGUAAGAUACCAGAACAUCUUCCUCAUCAAAUUACAUCUCAUUCAGUUACAACCUUCAGAAAUGAUUGUAGAAGUCCUACCCAUAUGACAGUCUCUUCUACCAACACACUUCGCACUAUGCCUGCUUUACACAGAGCACCAGUAUUUCAUCCACCAAUUCAUCACAGCCUGGAGAGGAAGGAAAGCAGCUAUAGUAGCCUUUCCCCUCCAACUCUAACUCCAGUCAUGCCUGUAAAUGCUGGUGGGAAAGUGCAGGAAUCACAAAAGCCUCCAACUCUAAUUCCUGAGCCAAAAGACUCUCAAGCAAAUUUUAAGAAUUCUUCUGAGCAGAGUUUGACAGAAAUGUGGAAAUCCAAUAAUAACCUUAGUAAUGAAAAAGCUGAAUGGCAUGUGGAGAAAAGCAGUGGAAAGUCACAGGCUGCUAUGGCAUCUGUCAUUGUGCGUCCACCUUCUCGUACAAAACUCGAUAGCUUCCCAACAGUGCAGUCAGCUUCCAAAGAUCGAGUUAGUGAAAGAACUUCAACUGGGGCGAAUCAAACAGAUUGUCUCAAAUUGGCAGAAGCUGGAGAGACUGGAAGACUCAUUCUGCCAACUAUGAACUCAGACAGUGCUCAUAUAAAACCUGAAAAAAACUUUCAGGCUGUCUCACAGAACAGUUCAGUCAGGUCUGCUGCAAAUACAAUGUGUAAUACCCAAACAGAUAUACUUACAUCUGCUGCCACUACUACCAGUGUUCCCAGCUGGGGUAGUUCAGAAACCAUUUACUCUUUAUCAAAUACCAUUUUGGCCUCUAAGUCCUUAGAAUGUACCUCUUCAAAAAGUGUCAGUCACCCAUUGGCUCAGACACAAGAAUGCAGAGUCAGCACCACAGCUCCAGUACCACCAGCUACUAGUAAGACGGGAAGUGCUGUUCAGCCCAACGCUGGGUUCUCAGGCACAACUGAUUUUGUCCAUUUAAAGAAGCACAAGGCUGCACUGGCUGCAGCUCAAUAUAAGAGUAAUAACAGUGAGACUGAGCCUAAUACUGUGAAAAAUCAAGCGUCUUCAUCUCUUCUCUUGGAUAGCACUGUAGUCUGUAGUACAGUGAACAAGGCAAAUGCUGUAGGAAAUGGCCAAGUACCCCAGUCAAGUCAACCAAACUAUCAUACUAAACUCAAAAAAGCCUGGCUUACCAGACAUUCAGAAGAAGACAAAAAUACCCACAAGAUAGAAAAUUCAGGGAAUUCUGUAUCAGAAAUUAUUAAGCCAUGUUCUGUCAAUUUAAUAGCCUCUACAUCUAGUGACAUACAAAAUAGUAGAGAUAGUAAGAUUAUAGGUGAUAAGUAUGUAAAGGAUGAUAAAAACAGUAGGAGAAAACCCAAAAGAACUUACGAAUCUGGCUCUGAAAGUGGAGAUUCCGAUGAAAGUGAGAGCAAGUCAGAGCAGAGGACUAAAAGGCAACCAAAACCAACAUAUAAAAAGAAGCAGAAUGAUUUACAGAAAAGAAAAGGUGAAAUAGAAGAAGAUUUAAAACCCAAUGGGGUUCUCAGCAGGAGUGCCAAAGAAAAAAGUAAAUUGAAGUUACAGAGCAGCAGUAAUAGUGCUGGCAUCCCUCGUUCAGUAUUAAAAGACUGGCGUAAAGUCAAGAAGCUGAAGCAAACUGGAGAAUCCUUUUUACAGGAUGACUCCUGCUGUGAGAUUGGGCCUAAUUUACAAAAGUGCCGAGAAUGUAGGCUUAUUCGGAAUAAAAAAGGAGAGGAACCAACUCACUCACCAGUAUUUUGUAGAUUUUACUACUUUAGACGGUUGUCAUUUAGUAAAAAUGGAGUAGUUAGAAUUGAUGGUUUUUCUUCUCCUGAACAAUACGAUGAUGAAGCUAUGAGUUUAUGGACACAUGAAAAUUACGACGAUGAUGAACUAGAUCUGGAAACUUCCAAAUAUAUCUUGGAUAUUAUAGGUGAUAAGUUCUGUCAAUUAGUAACAUCUGAGAAAAUAGCUUUGUCCUGGUUGAAAAAGGAUGCCAAAAUUGUCUGGAAAAGAGCAGUAAGAGGAGUCCGAGAGAUGUGUGAUGCAUGUGAAGCAACGCUGUUUAAUAUUCACUGGGUCUGCCAAAAAUGUGGAUUUGUUGUCUGCUUAGAUUGUUACAAGGCAAAAGAAAGAAAGAGUUCUAGAGAUAAAGAGCUGUAUGCUUGGAUGAAGUGUGUGAAGGGACAGCCUCACGAUCACAAGCAUUUGAUGCCAACUCAGAUUAUACCUGGUUCUGUUUUGACAGAUCUUCUAGAUGCCAUGCACAUUCUCAGAGAAAAAUAUGCUAUUAAAUCCUAUUGUCAUUGCACUAACAGACAGAACAUACAAGUUGGAAAUUUCCCUACGAUGAAUGGUGUAUCUCAGGUCCUACAGAAUGUUCUAAAUCACAGUGAUAAAAUUUCUCUGUGUGUGCCCGAGUCUCAGCAGCAUAGCACCCCUCAGAAGUCUGAGAGCAAUGGGAACCGCAGCCCCGGGAGUGACGCCAGCACGGACAGCAAGCUGACACCACCCGAGUCUCAGUCACCGUUGCACUGGCUAGCAGAUCUUGCAGAGCAGAAGGCCAGAGAGGAAAAGAAAGAAAACAAAGACUUUGUGCUUGAAAAGCAAAUUAAAGAAGAGGGAGAACAGGAGAACCCUGGUUCUCCAAACAGCCAAUCGUCACCCACUAUGUCCCAGAGUAAUGAACAAGGAUCAACCUUGCGGGACUUGCUCACCACAACAGCUGGCAAACUGCGUGUCGGGUCUACAGAUGCUGGCAUUGCCUUUGCACCAGUUUAUUCACUGGGAACUCCAAGUAGUAAAAGUGGAAGAACCAUGCCAAACAUUCUUGAUGACAUAAUUGCUUCUGUUGUUGAAAACAAAAUUCCACCAAAUAAAGCUUCCAAGAUAAAUAUAAAACCAGUGCUUAAAGAAGAAUCAAGAGAAAGUGGAAAAUCUGCCAAGGAGGAAAAUAAUAAAUUGCACAGUGAUAUACCACAUUCUUGGAUCUGUGAAAAGCAUAUCCUGUGGCUUAAAGAUUAUAAGAAUAGUAAUAAUUGGAAGCUUUUCAGAGAGUGUUGGAAACAUGGACAACCUGCAGUGGUUUCUGGUGUGCAUAAGAAGUUGAACAUUAACUUGUGGAAAGCAGAAUCAAUUAGUCUUGAUUUUGGAGACCACCAAGCAGAUCUCUUGAACUGCAGAGAUAGCAUCAUUUCAAAUGCCAAUGUUAAAGAAUUCUGGGAUGGUUUUGAAGAAGUUUCAAAACGUCAAAAAACAAAAAAUGGAGAAACGGUUGUUUUAAAAUUGAAAGAUUGCCCUUCAGGAGAAGACUUUAAGACUAUGAUGCCAGCAAGAUAUGAAGACCUUUUAAAAAGCUUGCCAUUACCAGAAUAUUGUAAUCCAGAAGGAAAGUUCAAUUUGGCCUCUCAUUUGCCAGGAUUUUUUGUCCGUCCAGACCUAGGACCCAGGUUGUGCAGUGCCUAUGGCGUAGCUGCUUCUAAAGAUCACGACAUAGGAACAACCAAUCUACAUAUCGAAGUCUCUGAUGUUGUAAACGUUCUGGUCUAUGUUGGCAUAGCAAAAGGAAAUGGCAUUAUGUCAAAAGCAGGAAUACUCAAGAAAUUUGAGGAGGAAGAUUUGGAUGACAUUUUAAGAAAACGAUUAAAGGACUCAAGUGAAAUACCUGGUGCUUUGUGGCAUAUUUACGCUGGGAAGGAUGUUGACAAGAUAAGGGAAUUUCUCCAAAAGAUUUCAAAAGAACAAGGCCUUGAUGUUCUACCAGAACAUGAUCCAAUACGUGACCAAAGUUGGUAUGUGAAUAAGAAGCUCCGCCAAAGACUGCUUGAGGAAUAUGGAGUUAGAACGUGUACUCUUAUUCAGUUCCUUGGUGAUGCCGUGGUCUUACCAGCAGGAGCACUUCAUCAGGUACAGAAUUUCCAUAGCUGUGUUCAGGUAAUUGAAGACUUUGUGUCUCCAGAACAUCUUGUGCAGUCAUUUCAUUUAACACAGGAACUCAGACUUUUGAAGGAAGAGAUUAAUUAUGAUGAUAAACUUCAGGUUAAAAAUAUUUUGUAUCAUGCAGUCAAGGAAACGGUGAGAACUUUGAAGUUACAUGAAGAUGAAAUAGAGGAUAUGGAAGAAAAUUAGACAGGUUUAGUUUGUUGAGGCCGUUUGCCUGGGUGGGGUUACUUGCUCUUAAAUGACCGUUUGUAUGCACACUGACUUGAGUGUCAUAAAGCCCUCGGUGCCAAGUUCUCUUUGUAGUCAUCGCUCACUGACACCGCAGCAGUAUAGCAUAUGUCACAGCGUCUGAUGCCAUGUCAGCUAUUAACACAAGCUCUAUUUUAAAGCAGCCUUCACCGCUGUCUUUGUACUAUAGUGUAUAUGAUGUUUGUGAAAAUGCCAGAUUUAAAAUAAUGUAUUUAUUUUUGGAAAAAUACAAAAUCCUAUGCUAUAUUGUUGAUCAAGUGUAAAUGUGACCUUGUACAGUUUACUAAAAUAACUGCUAUUUUUCACUACAUUGAGACAGUUACUGUGAGAAUAGGACACAAACACCAGCUGUUGCCUGCAUUGGGGAAAUUGCUGAACUGCACAGCAGUCAUGUCAUAAUCAGAAAAUUACUGCCAAAUAAUUGUAAAAUUUGUAAAAUACGAGUAUAUAAAGUAGAUACUAAAUACAGACACUUCAAUAUUUUGUUGAAGCUAUUGACUGUAUAAUUAAACAUUUUCAAAAGGUGUAAUUUAUUUAAAUUUGUCUCAUUUUGGUAAAAUUUAUGUGAACUUUUAAAGCUAAAUAUUAAACUUAAUAUGCUAUGUAAAUAUAUACAUAUAUACAUUUAAUGAUGUAUUUUUUUAAAACAUUGGCUUGCUUUUAUUUGUUAAAGUGCAAGUGUUACAUACAGCUUUGUACAUUAAAGUUGAAAGGGGUUUUACAUUUUCCAUUAAAAAGACUUUAUCAAAA